AACGCCUUACACGGAAUGAAUUUGAUUGGUAUAAUAAAUUCCGUUCCUUGCUAUUGGUAGCUAUUAAUAACAUCUCUGUACUACAAUGUCGUUGAAAGAGGUCCGCUUCUACAAUCCCUCCGUAAUAGAAAUGACAUUUUACGCUGUCAUUGGCUACAAUUAGAGUUCUGCAUCAUACUGAAUUUCUGGCGGAAGUCGCGAGGAGUCAGGCCUGGGAGUUUGAGGGAUCAUUCAGUGUUUACGGCUGAUUGAAGAUGUUUCGAGGGUUCUUUUUCAGAAGGGAGUCCUCCAAUGCUGUGCUUUCGGCAAGGGAGGAGAGGGAGGCAACAAUGAGGCCAGCACAAAGAUAUGGUGAGGGAAGAAAUGUGUCUUUGGCUAGAGACGUCUUUCUCUGUCAUAGUGGCAAACAGAAAAUCCCUGUUCGGAAGCUACACGAGGAGCUGACAAAUAAAGGUGUAUCCUGCUUCUUUGAUGAUGAUCCUCAAAGCUUGCCACUAGCUGAGAAGUUCCCUGCUCGUAUUUUUGAAGCCGCCAAGAAAUGUAGAAUAGCAGUACUGGUUAUCUCUAAGGAUUUUGUCCACUCAAAGUGGCCAAUGCAGGAACUUUCUGCUUUUUUCAAAGCCAAAGGUUCUGGUAAAAAUCCCCACAUGAAAAUACUGCCCCUGUUCUUCAUGAUAUCCCCAAAGUCCCUUUCUGAAAUUACGGAAGACAACCAAGCAUGGAAAGAGUUGGGGAUUUCUACUAAGAUUCGGGCUGAAUGGCAUGGUGCUUUGAAAAAAGUAAGGUCAAUUAAGGGUUUGGUGUUCAAAGAAGUUGAGGAUUUGGUGGGUUUUACAGAUAAAGUUGUAGAAGCCAUCUGCUCCCUGCUACUUCCCCACAUACCCAGUUCCAUGCAAGGGCAUGCACGUCAAGACCAGGUUUUGCAUGGAUUUGCCAGCAUCCCUUCAACAUCUUCUUCAACCUCAUUUUCCUUCAACAAUUGUUAUGGACGUUGUUGUUCUAGAGUAUAUUGCAUUCUCCGUUAUUUUCCAUGGCCCAGUUAAGACUCCAAUGGAGGACCUCCAAUCAGUAUGAUGUGCUACCCUACAAUGAGCUACCGGCCCUUUUCCAGCGGAAGUGGGGAUUUUUCUUACAAGAAUUAUGGGUCUUUAUAAUUUGUGAUACGCAUUAUUUGAAAAAAAAUUGCAAUUGAAAAAGGGUGGACGUCAAUGGGUCUUUGGUCUACUGGUGAAGUUGAAUGGUUCCAAAUAAGUCCACUAGGAAUCAAGCCUGAGUGCAAGGUUCUGACAUCACAAGGGAUGACACUGGAAUCACAUCCCAGGCGAAUUUGGCUGAAUGGAUACCCCUCAAUCCUUAGCUCUCAGAAGUUUCAGCCUAUUGACUCGUGUUCACUUAUCGAAUAGCUAAAACUACUUUGUGAAGGACUGAUUAAACUGAGUGUGCUAGCAGACUUCAUGCCUUUGCUGAAAUUCAGGCUCGAGAGUUUGAGGGGUCAUUCAGUGUUAAAGGCUGGUAAGAGGAGUCGCAUUGCCUCCUUAUCCUUGUUACCGCCUUCUGCAUCAGAUCAAUUCUCCAGCUUAUAUGUCCGAGUUAGUAAGAUGGCACGAAGGAUUUUUUUCAGAAGGAAGUCGUCCAAUGCCAUGCUUUCAGCAUGGGAGGAGAAAGAAUCAAUGAUGGGUCCAGCAGUAGCACAAAGAAAUGGGUCUGUGCCUAAAGAUGUAUUUCUCUGUCAAAGUGGGAAACAGAAAGUCCCAGUUCGGGAGCUACACAAGGAGCUGACAAAUAAGGGUGUAUCCUGCUUCGUUGAUGAGGAUCCUCAAAGCUUGUCACUAGCUGAAAAUUUCCCUGCUCGUAUAUUUGAAGCCGCUGAGAAAUGCAGAGUAGCAGUACUGGUUAUCUCCAAGGAUAUCAUCCACUCAAAGUGGCCAUUGCUGGAACUUUCCAAUUUGCUCAAAGCUAAAAGUUCUGAUUAAACAUCAUGAUCUAUCAUCAGAACAAGAGAGCAAGUGAGAAAGCAAGAGAGCAGAAUAUAAUGAUAUUAACAAGUGAUAGUUUUUAAAGAUCUACUUCCUCACAUACCCAGUUCUUUUAAAGGGCAUGCAUUCAGGACCCUCUAACUCCACCAUUUGACAUUACUUAUGGACAGUUGUGUUCUAAAAUAAUUGCCUUUAAAAAUUUCCAUGGUGAUUUGGGUUUGCAUAGAUUUGCCUGCAUCCCUUCAAUACCUUCUUCAGCCUCAUCUUUCUUUAACAACUUGUGGACGUUGUUCCAGAGUAUAUUUUAGUCUCCAUUAUUUUAUGUACACCAGUUGAGAUUCCAAUGUAGGACCUCCAAUCAGCAUCAUGUGCUGCUCUACACCGAGCCACUCGCCUUUUUCAGGGAAAGUGAGGAUUGUUCUUACAAGAGAGUUAUGGAUCUUGAUAAAUUUUGUAAGUGAAUUUGCUUAAAGCAAGACUCUGUUAAAUU